GGUAUCCAUGGCGGCGGCGGCAACGCUGGCGGCCUGGUGAUUGUGAGCGCCUUCUUGCUCUGCAGAUUGGGCCCGGAAAACCUCAUGGCUGCUCGAAGCGAGGAUGAGGCGGUGCUGUUCAGGCGCGGGGCCGGGCAGAGUGAUGAUUCCGAUAUAUGGGAUGAUACUGCCCUUAUAAAGGCAUAUGACAAAGCUGUUGCAUCUUUUAAGAAUGCUUUGAAGAAUGGUGACUGUUCAGAGCCUUUGGAUAAAACUGAGCAAAAUGCUGGAACAAAAAGAAAAAAUAACAAAAAGAACAAGAGUAGAAAGAAAAGUAAUGCUUCAUCACAGAAACAGUGGAGAGUUAAUGAUGCAUGCAGUGCAGUUUGGUCUGAAGAUGGUAAUGUGUACCAAGCAACUAUUACCUCAAUUAACUGGAAGAAAGGGACGUGUGUAGUUCUUUAUACUGGAUAUGGAAAUAGGGAAGAGCAACAUCUGUCUGAUCUGCUGCCACCAAUAGAUGCUGAGGGAACAAAUGAGGAAAGAAGUGCCGGGGAGAACACAAAUGAGACUCAGUAUUCAACUGAUGAAAGUGACCUAUCCUUCCAGUCACCUGGAAAUAAACACAAUCGUACAAAGUCAACACAAUGGAAUUCUCCCUUCCCCUUACCACCUUUGCCACCACCACCACCACCACCACCGGGAUUGGGAAGGAUUGGGUCAAAGCUCACUGGACCUCCAUCUUUCUUAUCUGGCUGGCCUCCCCCCUUUCCAUCAGGACCACCGUUGAUACCACCACCACCUCCUUUGAGUCCAGACUCUUCUGAAGAUGAUGAAGCAUUGGGAAGUAUGUUAAUAGCAUGGUAUAUGAGUGGUUAUCAUACUGGCUACUAUCUGGGCUUAAAACAGGGCCGAAUGGAAACGACAUCGGGGAGACAUGCCAACUCUAAGUAGCUUUUGUGUAAAAAAUCUCUCCCAUGGAGAGGGAUGUCCCACAUGUACGUUCUUCAGCAAGGAUAGAGUGUUCACUGAUACGAAGAUCGCUGGCUGUAUAACACUCAGAAGCAUCACUUAUACAUUUCGCACAAAUGAUACUUUGCUAGCAAGACUGCUUUUAUCAUCUAUUGUCCCACUUCUAGGGUUGUAGACUAAUUCAUCUUCCUGUCCAUCUGUUCCAGUCUUGCACUGAUUUAAGACAAUCCUCUAUGAUGACAAAAUCACCUCUGAGCUUGGCAGUGACAAUUUGCUGUCUAUCCUAUCUAAAGCAGCGGGAAACUAAUUGUAUGGAAUGUAACCAUUUACUGUUAGCUUCAAGACUCCACAGAAAGUAUAAUUUAUUUCUUCAUCAUUUUUAGGAUCCUGGUUGGAAUUGAUCCAUGAUCCGUAUACGCAUCCAGAAAGAUAUUUUUGACAAGUUCACAUCAUUGUGCAUGUAUUGUCAGUGAUAUCAGUCAGUGAUUUUAUCAGUGUUUGUGAUUGAUUACCCGGUGGUCCAAAGAAUGAGGCUAGAACAACUCUGUUCAAGUGAAGAGAGAUCAAUUGCUUAUCAGUGAUGUUACUGAACUUGUUUUAAAAAUACUCAUCAAUAAACUUUUUUUUCAAAUUUUA